AUGGUCACCAUCAUCAACAACAAGGACAAGAACAACGAGAAGCAGUUCAUAUCACCGGAACUGAAACCAGAGAAGCUCUACUCCCAACUAGCAUCGAUCCCAACCAUCAGCUCAGGACGUUUCAUCAACAGGCAGCUAGAUCCGACCUCCAUUCAGCUCGAUUAUUCGAUCAGGGAUCACGGCAGACUUACCAAACUUCGAGCACGUCAAUCAUUCCACCUCAUCAAACAUUCUGACUCUUCCCAGAUCAUCAAUGGAACCCUAGAAUUCAUCGAUGCUGAGAUUAACUAUCAAUCACUCUCGCCUAGUGGCUCAAGAUUCGCCAUCUUUCGUACCCUGACCACCCCAGGCAAACCACCUAAAAAACAAUUCUAUCUCGAAAUAUGGGAGACUCGGACUAACCGCCAACUGGUUUCUCAUAAUCUGACCUCGAUCCAUCAGUCAUUCCUACUGAAUGACACCUUCGGUUAUCCAUCUUGGAACUCAUCAGAAUCUCAGAUCGCGUAUUUGGCAGAGAUCACCACUGAGAAAGAUCGUGCCUCUUGGCUGGAGAGAAACCGUUAUGUGCCCGACUUUGGGGAACAAUUAACCGGGAUCCAGUUGCCGGCAAUUUUUGUCGCAUCAAUUGAUGACUCAAUUCGGGAUUCAAAUCAGAUCUUAGCUCGAAUCGUUCAGCUGACGGACCAAUCCACUGACCUCUCAAGAUUAGUCUGGGGACAACCUGUUUUCGGACCUAAUUCUGACGAGGAAUCUGUUGAGAUAUUUUGUACGGGAUUCGCCUCACUCUCCGACCUUCGAAGGCUCGGCCUGAUCUAUUGUCAAAACCGACCAUCAACGAUUUAUCGAUUAUCAUUCAAGAUCCCUCUGAUCGAGAGAGGUACUGAUCAACAAGAUCUCAAACUUCUUCAUCCUGCGGACUUCACUUCCCAUCGCAUCUCCGAUCCAAAUCGUUCUGCCCGAUCUCCACGCGUUAUUGAAGGCAAAAUAAUCUAUCUUUCCAAUCCAAUUGGUGGUCCUCAUGCUUCGUGUGCCAGUCUCAAUAUGUAUGAACCCAAGACAAAUAAAGACAAGGUGUUAGUCGGUCCGGUCGACGAACCCGGUCCGGAUGGCCAGUUCCCUGGAUUGUAUAUCGAUGACCUGACUUCCCAACCGAUCUUAUUUGAUCCGUCUGACCCUCAGAAAGCCUCGAUAGUCACCAGCUCAAUCUGGGGCUCUUUGAAAAUGAUGUUGACGAUUGAUUUACGAAGUGGGGAAAUUAAGGCUCAUCCGCCUCCUUGUGAUGGUAGCUGUACUGUCCUUAACACGAACGGCGGCCAACAAGUACUGUGCGUCAUCAGUCAAACUGACUCCUCGCCUCAAGUUUGGAUCGGUAAAUUAGAAGAGGAUUCUCAGUUUUCCUGGCAAAAAGUGACUCAUCUGGAAGCCUCAGCAGAUGUUCAAUCUCAGCUGUCUAACUUGAAGUCUCAAAUUAUCAAAUUGCCCCCAAACGAUCUCGGUCCUACUGAAAUCGUCCUUACCUCACCUACAUCCGACUUGCUCCGCUCACGCAGAGAGAGAAAAACUUCCUUGAUUAUUCUUCCUCAUGGUGGACCGCAUUCUACGUCUCUUAACGAAUUUUCACCCUCAACAGCUGCCAUGGCUUUAUUGGGACAUUCUAUUGCGUAUAUUAACUAUCCAGGCUCACUUGGAUUCGGACAGAAAUGGGUAGAAGAUUUACCUAAACGACUAAGCGUAGCAGAUGUUGAUAGCUGUAAAUUAGCCUUGGAUCAUUUGCUCUCAUUGGAUCUGAUUAAAGAACUCGAGAUCGGCCAUCGAAUCUUUGUGAAUGGUGGAUCUCAUGGUGGAUUUAUCACUGCUCAUUUGACUAGUAGAUAUCCAGAGUUAUUCGCCGCUGCUUGUAUGAGGAAUCCGGUGGUUGAUUUGGUCGGCACUGCGAGUGGUGGAAGUGAUAUCCCGGAUUGGUCAUACGCAGAAGCAAAUAUCAAUUUUCCUCUAUUAUUGAGUGGAUUGGGCAGCAAUGAUGAGGAGAUCGGCAAAGUUUCAGUGAACGAGAUCGAUUUCAAAAUUUUAAGAGACAGAUCACCAAUAAAAUUCAUCCAGAACGUUAAGACGCCCACCUUAAUUUUGUUGGGUAAUCAGGAUCGAAGAGUAUCGAAUCAACAGGGAUUGGCUUGGUAUCAUGGCUUGAAAAGCUUGAAAACUGAAGCAGAAUUGGUGUUGUUUGAAGACAAUUCUCAUCCGUUAAACUCGAUAUACGCCGAAUUGAAUUCUUUUAUGAUUUGGUUUGAAUUUCUUGAUAGUCGUUGAUCAUCUCAUCUUCUCUCUCGCAAAUCAUGUUGCUCCUAUAGACAAUAAAAAUACACAAAAAUAGAAAACUAACUUUUCUUCUCACAUGGCAUUAUAAGACUGUUUUUUUGUACGUACGUGUCUAUUUUCUAAUUUCAGAUUUGACAAGGUUGCUGUAUUUAGAGAACACACCUCCACAUGUCUUAUUAUCAUUGUAGGUAGGUACUUGUAUUGUCCUGAAAAUAUGUAUAGCAAGACCAAGAUUACAAUACUCAU